AUGAACCUAUUGGAAGCAUCCCAUGCAAGUGAAGAUAGCAAUGUUAGAGUGAUAGCUUUUAUCCUAGUAGAGUUUCUAGGAAGAUCAAGACCACUUCUUGUCACGCAUCAACCUCAUGAUAUCCUACGAUACACCUCAUUGAAAUCGACUCAAAUCAACAAUGCAUUCCAUCAAUAUGCACAACAGAACAAAGGGUAUGCAUAUAUUGAAAUAUUCACUUCAAUCUCGAAUUUUGAAACCAUAAAUGAUGAUAUUUGUCGUAUAGCGACCGACAAAAUGGCCAACAUUUGGAUUCUUCCUUUUCACAAGCAAUGGGAAAUUGAUGGUAGUGUUCAAAUAACAAACAAAGAAAUUCAAUACAUGAACAUCAAAGUUCUCAAAAUGGCACCAUGUUCUGUUAGAAUCCUAGUUGAUAGAAGAACAGUUAAUACCACACAAUUGUUUUCGAAACAAAUAUCAUCAUCAGCAUCCCAUGUUGGUGUGUUCUUCAUUGGAGGUGCAGAUGAUAUCGAAGCACUAGCCUAUAGCUCGAGAAUGUGUAGACAUGAAUAUUUGAAUGUAACGGUGGUUAGGUUUCUUCAAUUUGGACAUGAAAACUCGAUAGAGAGGAAGCACGAUAGCGAUAUUAUUGACGAAUAUGCACAGUUAAAUAAGAGAAAACGUAGGUUUAAUCUUAUGGAUGAAGUUAUGAAAGAUGGAACAGAAAUGUCUAAUAGUAUUAGAAAAUGGAUAGAUUGUUUUGAUUUGAUAAUUGUUGGAAGGGAACAUUCUUCAGAAUCUGCUUUGCUUCAAGGGUAUGAGAAAUGGAGUGAGUGUCCUGAACUAGGUAUCAUUGGAGACAUGCUUGCUUCACAAGAUUUUGAGACAAAAACAACGGUUUUGAUUGUGCAACAGCAGAGAAUUAUGCCAAGAAAGUUUGCUCAAGAUAAAGUUUCUCAUAUGCCAAUUGAAAGAGAUCAUGUGUUACAUAGUGCUCCUAUUGAUAUUCAAAUCAGAAUAAAGGAAAAAAUAAUUAUAUAA